AUGGCGCCCCCCAAUGCCGACGGCCGUGUGGUGCUCCGCGGGCCCAAGAGCCCCGCUUGGUCCUGCAAGCAGUAUGACCGCACGGCCAAUCGGGUGAGCAGGAUCGUCUGCGCCUGCGGGGCCAAGUCGCCCGCGGAUGACGCGCGCAAGGCCCGCUUGGCCGACGAGAAGGCGGCGGCCCGCCACGGUGACCAGCAGCAUCGCCACCGGCAGGGCGGUGGAGGAGCCUUUGACCUGUCUUCGGUUGUGGAGGCGCUGCGGAAGGAGAUGCGCCAGGAACUCUCCACCUUCAAGGGCACGGGGGCCCGCCAGAACAAGGCUCCGCCCGCCCCCGAGGCUUCGCAGCCUUCGGAGGACGACAGCUUGCUGGGCCAGAUCGAAGCGCUCGAGGCCACACUGGCGGGCUUCAAGCGCACGAAGUACGAGGGCCCGCUGGUCGCACAGACUGAGGCGGCUCUCGCAGCACUGCGCGCGCAGCGCCCGGAGAGCAAGGCGCCGCUGGCCCAGACCACGUCGAUCAACGGCCGCCUGCAGAGGCUGCGUCGCAAGCUCACCAAGCUCGAGCAGGUCAAGGAGGACAAGGAGGCCGCGGUGGGGGCGGCGCGUCAGGCCCUCGAGGAGGCCGAGGCCGACAGGGACGCGCACUUGGCGGAGAUCACCGACACCUCCGCGGCCAUCGCAGAAGCUGAACGGGAGGUGCAGCAGGCGGUGCAGAGGGCCAAGCAGAAGGAGCUGGUCGCCGAGGUCAUUGCGGCCAACCCACUGGGGCAGCAGCUGGGCGCGUGGGCGGCGGGCAUCCUCGAGGGGCUCCUCGGCAAGGUGCUGGCCAAAGCGGCACCUCCUG